CCCGCGCCGGCCCUUUCGGCCUCGUCCCCUCCGCGAGUCCCCCAGCCCUCUCCGGGGCGCCCGGGACGCCCGACCUCCGAGGAGGGCGAGGGUCACCCGGGAGGGCAGGCCCUUUGCAGAAAGGACGCCCCUCUAGGUCGGCUGCCGCGGGGCAGGACGCGCCUCGCCCGUGUCUGCGCCGGCGUCCAGUUGAGCCCGGAGGCGGACUCCAGGCCCGGCCCGAGGGCCCGCCCGGCGUGGCUGGAGUCUCCGCGGUGUCUCCAGACCGUGCUCAGGAAAUGGGCUUCUAGGCAGAGGCUCACUGAUGGCUCAGCUGGGAGCAGUUGUGGCGGUGGCUUCCAGUUUCUUUUGUGCUUCUCUCUUCUCCGCUGUGCACAAGAUAGAAGAGGGCCACAUCGGGGUGUAUUACAGGGGCGGCGCCCUCCUGACUUCCACCAGCGGCCCUGGCUUCCACCUCAUGCUCCCUUUCAUCACGUCAUACAAGUCGGUCCAGACCACACUCCAGACAGACGAGGUGAAGAACGUGCCUUGUGGGACCAGCGGUGGUGUGAUGAUCUACUUUGACAGAAUCGAAGUGGUGAACUUCCUGGUCCCAAACGCAGUGUACGACAUCGUAAAGAACUACACGGCCGACUACGACAAGGCGCUCAUCUUCAACAAGAUCCACCACGAGCUGAACCAGUUCUGCAGCGUGCACACGCUCCAGGAGGUCUACAUCGAGCUUUUCGAUCAGAUUGAUGAAAACCUCAAACUGGCUUUGCAACAGGACCUGACCUCCAUGGCCCCUGGGCUUGUCAUCCAGGCUGUGCGGGUGACGAAGCCCAACAUCCCUGAGGCAAUCCGCAGGAACUACGAGCUGAUGGAAAGCGAGAAGACAAAGCUCCUUAUCGCGGCCCAGAAACAGAAGGUGGUGGAGAAGGAGGCCGAGACAGAGCGGAAGAAGGCCCUCAUUGAGGCGGAGAAGGUGGCUCAGGUCGCAGAGAUCACCUACGGCCAGAAGGUGAUGGAGAAGGAGACCGAGAAGAAGAUUUCAGAAAUCGAAGAUGCUGCGUUCCUGGCGCGGGAGAAGGCCAGGGCGGACGCCGAGUGCUACACCGCCAUGAAGAUCGCCGAGGCCAACAAGCUGAAGCUGACCCCCGAGUACCUGCAGCUGAUGAAGUACAAGGCCAUCGCCUCCAACAGCAAGAUCUACUUCGGCAAAGACAUCCCCGACAUGUUUGUGGACUCAGCGGGUGGCCUGGGCAGGCAGUUCGAGGGGCAGGCCGACAAGCUGAGCCUCAGCAUAGAGGAUGAGCCCGCAGAGCCUGCUGCAGCCGCCGAGGAGCACUGAGGGCUCCCAGCCAGCAGUUACUGUGGUGGAAGAAGUGGACUUCCAUCCCCACCCUUCUAGGAAGAAGGGCGGGGACUGAUGAUCUGGGGUUUUAUUCAGUGAGUAGACUACAGGACUUCUGAGAUUUGACCUUUGACCUCCAGGCACUACUGUCCCUCCAAGCUGGCUGCUGUCACUCAAGUGGGAGGAGUGGAAAGGCACUGCCCCCGCCCCAGACCCCCCAGCUGGGGUUGUCCCUGAGGAGGCUCUACGGCACGCAGGGGUACAUCCGUGCAGGGCUGAGAGCGCGUGGGGACAGCACGUAGGGCAACAGCUAGCCCAGCACGUGGAAGGUGCCCGUGCGAGUUCCCACAGGCUCCCUGCCUUCACGUGCAGACAUGGUGCUCGGUUUCACAAGACACUGUCACACCGGGCCGCUUGCCCCGGGCUCAGGCGGAGCACCCGACCAGGGCCAGGGCCAGGCAGGUCGUGGCCUCCACACAGUUCCUUUGACCCCGCCCUGCUACUCUCUCACCGGGCCUUUUCUUUUCAGACCAUCUGUUCUUUGGCGUCACUCAGCAUCAAGCAGGCAGGAACAAGCGGUACGAGUGUCACCGCUGAUGGGGGACCGCUGUCCCUGCUGGGCAGAGGCUGCCUUGAGGCCGUGUUUUGGAGGGGCCGGGAGGAGCAAGCAGGAUCGCCCCCUGGUCUCCGUGCCUGUGGCUGGCACCGCGAGCUGGCCGACGCAGCGGUAAGGGGACGCCACUCUCCAGGGCACACAGGGCAGGCUGAAUGUCCGUCUCCAGAGAGCACCGUCCUCACCCAAGUCCUGGGCUGGAGCAGCCAUGUCAGUCCCGGGAAUGUUUCCUCGUUGUAGUCAGGAAAGAAUCUGAGUCCCUGGGAGAGCAAACAGGAAAGGAAGGUUUUUCUUACGAAAUCCUGACACGGGGAUUUCAUGAGAAGAGGAGGCCCAGGCCUGGGGCCCACGAGUUGUGCACGGACAGAGCCAUGCUGUGGAGGCCGGUCGUCUGGAGCAGACUAGGGGUGCACUGACCUCCACUGACCAGCUCUGGGCUAGGGCUUGGCCCCUCUUCCCUGGCUCGGUGCAGUGAGUGAGCCCCUCUUUCAUAUCUGGUCCCCCACCUCAACUUCUGGUUUCUUGGUGGUCCCAGGACUCCGCCUGGCCUGCUCUGAGUGGCACCAGCCUGGUCAGGAGUUUGGGGCUUGUUCAGCCUGCCUGGAAAGAAGCAGAGUGUCCGCCCCCCUCACUUCACACAGCGCCCUGCUGUCCUAAUUCCUGGGACUCAGAUCCCACAAAGAACGGUCCUGGUCACAUUUUGUGUAAGCAGCAAACGCUCCUAGAGGUGAGGGACACUGAGGGCUGAGUCCUUGAGAAGGCGCUGGGCCUCCCGGGACCAGCAGAGCUUCCAUACUAAAAUGCGUUCAUCUUUUCGUUCCAAUGCUCUGAGUCACUCGUUAGGACAACACGACGCCGGCACCCCCUGGUCACACACCUGUCUGCCCCUCCUGCUCUGAGAUGCCCCCCAGGCCUCAGAAAUGCUCCUCUGCGCUGGGAUCAGGAGCGGGGCUGUCUCGGCCUCUCGAAUAGCACACGGUGCUCAGGCUCUUUCUUGAAGGCCUCUCUGGUACUAAUGCCCUGCGACAGCCGGUCCCUGGAGCGCAAAGCCCCUCAGUAAAGCUCCGCCGCAUCUGCCCCUCCAUUCCCAUCACCUCCUCUUUAAACAGAAAACAUGAAUGUUGUCAAACCCAUGAGCCCAAGUCUAGUGGCCGUCUGUACCUGUCUGAGCAGAGAAACCAUGGACGCUGCUGUCCCCUUAGCCUGGGACCACUAGUCUGCCUGUGCGUGACUUUGUUUUCAUAACACUAGAAAACCUGAUCCCAAAACUUUUGAACUCUAAACAUGUCAAAUGUGACGGCCUACAAUUCUGUGGGCAGUGAAGUAAUGGCUGCCAUUUACAAGUGGGGUUUCUAUCAAAAUAACUUUAUAAAAUUCAGUUUUUGUAGGAUUUUCCAAGAAGUCACCUUGGUUGAAUGUUUCUCACUCAUUAAACUUUGCAGAAGUGA